AUGCCUUCCUCAUCACUCUUUCUGAGGUCGAGCAUCACACUCGUUUCUGCCUUGUCUUUGUUUUCUGCCUCUGUUUCUGCCGCUUCUAGCACCUAUUAUGCUCUGGAUACCGAAUAUUCCGGCACUUCGUUCAUCAAUGGCUUCAAUUUCCAAAAUACUGCUGAUUUGAGCCAUGGUUUUGUUACAUACGUCGAUAAGCAAACCGCGGUGAACUCGGGUCUUGUCACCUUCGACGAUGGCUCCGUCCAGCUGCGAGUUGAUUCGGUCAACACCUACGAUGGCACUGCCGACUACUGGUUGAAGAACGGAGUGGGCCGACCAAGUGUGCGGAUUGAGAGUUCGUCAACAUGGACGCAUGGUCUUUUCAUCGCCGACAUCAAACAUAUGCCGACCACACACACCAGCAACGGAUGCGGCACCUGGCCUGCCUUCUGGACUCUUGGUGACGGCACCUGGCCAAACCACGGCGAAAUCGAUAUCAUCGAAGGCGCAAACAACCAAGAUGCCAAUCUCGCCGCCGCUCACACCGGGCAAACUUGUGUGAUUCCUCAAAGUUCCUCGCAAAUGACUGGCACUUCGAAUGGGAACAACUGCCAGUACUAUAGUGCCACUGGAGAAAACGGGGCAGGUUGCGCUGCAUUUGACCCGCGGUCGUACAGCUAUGGCCCAGAUUUCAAUGCCAUCAACGGCGGUGUAUACGCUAUGGAAUGGACGUCGCAAGCCAUCAAGACCUGGUUCUUCCCUCGAGGAAGCAUCCCCACGGACGUCACGACAGGAAAGCCCGAUCCUUCUCUUUGGGGCCUGCCUACAUCAAUUGUCAACGGACCUUUCUGCGACAUUGACUCAAACUUUGCCAACCACCGCAUCGUUUUCGACACUACCUUCUGCGGAGACUUCGGUGAUGCCACUUGGACCUCUGGUGGAUGUGCUGCAAUCACAGGCCAGUCCAAGUGCUCUGUCUACGUUGGCAACAAUCCAGCACAAUUCGCAGAUGCAUACUGGGACAUAAACUAUGUCCAGGUUUAUCAGUCAAAGCCUGUCACGACAACCACUACGACGACGACCACAACCACAACCAGCACAACCAGCAGAACCACCACAACGACAACCGUUCCUACGACGACCACAACCAGCACGACCGCGUUGACUACAACAACUCCCACAACCACGGUCCGAUCCACGUCCACUUCCACGACCUCGGCAUCCAGCUCUUUGACCAGCACCUCGACGGCUCAGUCUAGCACAACCAGCACAAGUGCCGCCAGCUCCACGACAUCAGGAAGCAACGGCGUUGGUCCCAUUGGAGGAUCUGUCACCACGUCAACGACGGCUGCAGCUACCACCACGAGCGCCAAUGUGAACCCGGUGACUUCGACCACCACCUCGUUCCAUACAUUCGGACCGUUCCCCAACACGACCACAACGACGACCUCCAGCGGAGGUCAAGGUGUCGGACCCAUUGGCGGUGCCACCACGACGACCACAUCCAAUGCUGGUGUUGGGCCGAUCGGCGGAGCCACCACGACAACCACCUCAAAUGCUGGUGUCGGACCAAUUGGCGGAGCAACCACGUCCAGCACCAUGAACACCUGGGAAGACUGGGGUUCGCCCACCACAACGACCGCAUCUCAAACCACUUCCGCUUCCACCUCCACAUUCGUAUGGGACGACUGGUUGUCAAGUGCUGUGGCCAAUGCACCAAGUUCUACCUCGACAUCUGUCCCUGUCACCUCCAGCGCCGCCACCUGGAACGAUUGGACCGAAGUGACCAUCACGCUUACUGAAACCUGGGUUGUGCCCUGCUCCACGGGCUACACCAUCAAGACAACCACCGUGGUCACCACGCACUGCGGCUGCACCGAGACGCCCGUGCCCACCAUCCCUGUGACCGUGACCACCAUCACCCCCUCGCCCGGCUGGCCCGUCACCACGCCCGUCGUGUGCACUGUUCCGGUGCCCCAAGCCCCAGGCAAAACAGCUCCCACCGUUCCCACCGCCACGGCUACAACAGUCGUUGGAAGUGGCAGCGGCAGUGGUCACGGCCACGGCGCUGCGCCAUCGUCGCCCGCCAAAGCUUCUUCCUCCAGCGCUGCAGGUUGGGGUUCUGGGUCUGGGUCUGGUUCCGGUUCGGGAUCUGGAUCUGGAUCAGGUUCGGGAUCGGGAUCUGGCUCUGGCUCCGGUUCCUCACAACACACCAGUGGUGCCGCCGCAGCUUCGUCCUCCCCUCUCGUGACGCUAGCGACAACCGUCACCGUGCAGCCGGUCAAAUCUGUGGCCGUGGGAACCGCGACACCCGUGGCACCCAGCACCACCAAGCCCUGGGUCGCCACCUACACUGGCACCGCUGCGGGCUCGAAGGAGCUGAGCGUCAUGGCGCUCUUCGGCGCCGGUGCUUUGGCAUUGGGCGCUGCUGUGGCUAUUUAA